AUGGGUGUGGUACAGGAUCUGGUCGCCCUUCUUAGGCCUCUUGUAGACUCUCCACUCUUGUUCUGUGCCAUUGCAACGGCUCUCUCGUUAGUAUACUUCCUGGCCCUCGGCCUGUACCGCAUCACCCUCCAUCCGCUGGCCAAAUUUCCUGGUCCCAAGCUCGCCGCCUUCACACAAUGGUACGAGACCUAUUUUGAAGUAUUCAAGUCACCUGGGGGGCAGUUUCUGUUUCAUUAUCGGAGCCUUCACGAGCAGUAUGGUCCCAUUGUGCGAAUUAGCCCGAAUGAGAUCCAUAUACAGGACUCCUCUUUCUUCGAAGAUCUAUACUCCCAUUCCUUACCGUGGGACAAGCUCGAACACUGGAAACACCGCUUCGGGAACGAUACCGGCCUAUUCCCAACACCUAAGCACCAUGUGCACCACGGCCGACGGGCUGCUCUCAACGCAUUCUUCUCCAAGCGCACCAUCGCGGAGGCUGCGCCUAUGAUGCAGGAGCACCUAAACAAGCUCUGUGAUCGAUUGCGUCGCGAGUACCAGGGCACGGGAAAGAUCAUGCGGUUCGACUGGAUGUGGGGAUGCAUCGCGUCCGACAUCAUUAUACAGUAUUGCUUCAACCGUGGCUAUCGAUUUGUUGAAGCGCCCGAUUUCCGCUCCCAGUUUAUCCAAGCAAUGGUGGAUCUGCUGAAUAUGGUUCACGUGGUCGCUCAGUUUCCAUGGGUAGCCACAAUCAUGGAUGCGCUACCCCAAAGGGUGGUCGAGUGGUUCCAACCAGGCAUGAAAUCUGUAAAUCAUUACAACCAUGAAAUGUCGAGUCAAAUUGCGGAGAUUCUCGCCCUCAAAGCCCAAGGGAAGACGCGUGAAGCCGAUCGAAACACGGUUUUUACGGCGCUGCUGGAGUCCGACCUACCACCAGAAGACAAGACCCUGCGGCGAAUGCACCAUGAAGCGUUUACCGUCAUUGGUGCCGGAUUUGAUACAACUCGGUUCGCUAUGACUGUUGCUAGCUACCACAUUCUCAGCACCCCGUCCAUCUACCACCAUCUUCGCGAGGAAUUGAAGGCUGCCAUUCCCGAUCCUGCGAACAUGCCGCCCCUUCAGGUACUGGAGAAACUACCUUACCUGACAGGAUGUAUCCAAGAAGGCAUUCGCUUGUCCUAUGGUGUCGUUCAACGCGGUCCACGUAUAUCGGACAAGUUCACCCUGACGUACAAGUCGUGGGUCAUUCCGAAGAACACCGCUAUCAGCAUGGACAUCUACUCGGUUCACCACGACGAGGAGAUCUUCCCAGACUCAUUUACCUUCAAACCAGAGCGCUGGCUCGGAGGCCCAGUUGCGCCUGAUGGCCGGAAAUUAUCCCGCUACAUGGUGGCCUUUGGGCGAGGCACGCGGUCCUGCCUAGGCAUCAAUCUUGCCUACGCCGAGAUGUAUAUUGCCCUAGCCAAUGUUUAUCGUAGAUUUGAGUUCGAGCUGUUUGAGACGGGCCGUGAAUCAGUGGAACUCUACCGCGACAUGUUCUUGCCCCAUGUGCGGCCCGACACGCAGGGUGUGCGGGUGAAGGUGCUUUAA